CCCCGCGUGGCGGCCGCGGCGUGGGCCGGAUCGAGGCGGAGUCCCCCCUUCCCCAGCCCAGCGGUUCCCACUGGCAAGAUGGUGCCCAGCUGUCCCCGCGCGCUCCUGCUGCUGCUGCUGCUGCUCGCCUGCCCCGCGUCGCGGGCUUCCCAGAGCUGUCUCAACAAACAGCAGCUCCUGACGGCCAUCCGCCAGCUGCAGCAAGUGCUGAAGGGCCAGGAGACCCGCUUCGCCGAGGGCGUCCGCAGCAUGAAGAGCCGGCUGGCCGCGCUGCAGAACUCUGUGAGCAGACUGGGCCCAGACGCCGCCCCAGUCUCCUGCCCUGCACUGAGCGCCCCUCCGGACGGCAGGAAGUUUGGAAGCAAGUACUUGGUGGAUCAUGAAGUCCACUUUACCUGCAACCCCGGCUUCCGGCUGGUUGGGCCCAGCAGCGUGGUGUGUCUUCCCAAUGGCACCUGGACGGGGGAGCAGCCCCACUGCAGAGAUGUCAGCGAAUGCUCCAGCCAGCCUUGUCAGAACGGCGGGACGUGUGUCGAAGGAGUCAACCAGUACAAAUGCAUCUGUCCUCCAGGGAAGACUGGGAGCCGCUGUCAGCACCAGGCCCAGACAGCCGCCCCGGACGGCAGCGUGGCCGGCGACCCCGCCUUCAGCCGCGCGCCGCGCUGUGCGCAGGUGGAGCGGGCGCAGCACUGCAGCUGCGAGGCCGGAUUCCACCUGAGCGGCGCCGCCGCGGGCGACAGCGUCUGCCAGGAUGUGAAUGAAUGCGAGCUCUACGGGCAGGAGGGACGCCCCCGCCUCUGCAUGCACGCCUGUGUGAACACCCCAGGUUCCUACCGCUGCGCCUGCCCCAGUGGGUACCGGACCCUGGCCGAUGGCAAGAGCUGUGAGGAUGUCGAUGAGUGUGUGAGUCCCCAGCACGUGUGUCCCUGGGGGACCAUGUGCAUCAACACUGGUGGAGGCUUCCAGUGCGUCAGCCCCGAGUGCCCAGAGGGCAGCGGAAACGUGAGCUACGUGAAGACAUCUCCCUUCCAGUGUGAGCGAAACCCCUGCCCCAUGGAGAGCAGACCGUGCCGCCACUUGCCCAAGACCAUCUCCUUCCAUUACCUUUCUCUGCCCUCCAACCUGAAGACGCCCAUCACGCUCUUCCGCAUGGCCACAGCCUCCGCCCCCGGCCGGCCCGGACCCAACAGCCUGCGGUUUGGGAUCGUGGGCGGGAACAGCCGAGGCCACUUUGUGAUGCAGCGCUCAGACCGGCAAACUGGGGAGCUGAUCCUCGUCCAGACCCUGGAGGGGCCUCAGACGCUAGAGGUGGACGUGGACAUGUCAGAAUACCUGGACCGCUCCUUCCAGGCCAACCACGUGUCCAAGGUCACCAUCUUUGUGUCCCCUUAUGACUUCUAAGGCAGCUGUGGGGUCCCUGCGGUGCAGACAUCUGGGCUCAUCUCUCUUCCUCAGAGACUCAUCUGUGGGCCCUGACUGCAAGAGACCUCUCCCCCCCCAACCCCGCCCUGCCCCAGCCCACCUGCCCACCUGCCCACCUGCCCGUGCCCCUGGGUUUCUAGGGCACUGUGCACCCUCCUCCAUGGAGUGGCACCGAAGGGCAGCCCCGGGACCCAGACUGCUGCCAUCACAGUUUUCUUUCUGCUUUAAGCUCUUCCUGUAGAUUAUGUACUAACUUUCUCAAGUCUUCUUUACAGGGAAAUGGGCAGUUUUUCAAAAUGCUGGGUGAAUAAUGGCUUUGUGAGUUCGAACCAGCUGGGGAGGGAAAAGCUUAUGGUGUGUGUCUGAGAUGAUUGUCAGCCCUCCGUACUGUUGCAGUCAAGCCUCUUGCAUGCCGGAGGCCGGAUCAUGCCUUGCACCUGUGGGCACAGGGACUGGGUCUCCGGCCUCAGCCCGCCAUGUUGUUCUCGUCUGCGUUCCCUUCUGUGACAUGCCUGCCAGGCUUCGCAUCAGAAAGCCAUGGCAGGGCCUGGAAACCCCACGCAGAUUCUUCUAGACCAAGGAACCAACAUUAAAGCAUAAGUUCUGCCGAAGUAAUUCUCUUUUAAGAAAUCGUAUCUCAGAACAUAACCUGGUAUUAAAACAGAAGAAAUAAAGUCUGUUGCUCCUCCGUGCC